AUGGCUCCUUCCAACCUUCCCCCGGUGUUCAACGCCACUGCCAACGAUGUCGAGAUGUUGCUCUCCGCCCAGUGCCACAUUGGCAGCAAGAACUUGCAGGUGCACAUGGAGCCCUACUUGUGGAAGACAAGACCCGACGGUGUCAAUGUCAUCAACAUCUCCAAGACCUGGGAGAAGAUUGUGCUCGCCGCGCGCCUGCUCGUCACCAUCGACAACCCCGCCGACAUUGCCGUCAUCUCUGCCCGUCCCUACGGCCAACGUGCCGUGCUGAAGUUCGCCGCGCACACUGGCGCCUCUGCCAUCGCUGGUCGCUUCACCCCCGGUAACUUCACCAACUACAUCACCCGCAGCUUCAAGGAGCCGCGUGUCAUCGUUGUCACCGACCCCCGCACCGACGCCCAGGCUAUCAAGGAGGCCUCGUACGUCAACAUCCCCGUCAUCGCCCUCUGCGACACCGACUCGCCCACCGAGUACGUCGACGUGGCCAUCCCCACCAACAACAAGGGUCGUCACGCCAUUGGUCUGAUCUGGUGGAUGCUUGCUCGUGAGGUGCUCCGUCUUCGUGGCACUCUCGCCUCUCGCGAGGUCGAGUGGGAUGUCAUGACCGAUCUGUACUUCUACCGCGACCCUGAGGCCGAGGAGAACAAGGACAGCGCUGGUGUGGACGAGAGCAAGGUGCCUGGCGCCGACGAGGUUGGCACGGGCCCUGUGGAGUCUGGGUUCAACAAUGAGUGGGAGGUCUCUGGCGGGACGGCUGGUGCGUUUGCCGCUGCCAGCGGUACUGCAGGCGCCACUGCCGGCUCGACGUGGGAUGCUGAGGGCGCCGACUGGGCCGCUGCAUCUGGCCCCGCGCAGACUGGCAACGAGGGCUGGGCUGCCGAGACAACUGGCGAGGCUCCGGCGGAGUCUACGUGGUAG